GUUUUAAGACAUUUCAUUUCAUGCCAGCAACGCAAUCAAAAUUUAUGCGGAGAAGUAAUUUCACCAGUAGGGGACUUUAAAUUUAACUUUGAAAUCCUGUGGCCAGACUUGCAGGCUUGCUGUGCAAAAAUGAAUUACCACACAAGCCUCAGCGAACAGUAGAAAAGCCACAAAGAAGGAGCCACCAAAUGUGAGAAGCGGACACAUGGAAAAUGCUUGUUGAAGGUGGCACAACUGACUGAAUCAGCAGAGUGCUGACUGAGGUCACUUAAAAAAGAAACUCAGGCUCUUUCCUUGUCCAGCAUUUACUGCCCAUUAGUGGAGUCCACUGCUUGUGUCCCAUCUUACCAACCAACAUGACCUCCAACUCCAAUUUAUCCAACAUGAAGCGGUUAGUAGAACAACUGAAACUUGAGGCCAGUGUGGAAAGGAUCAAGGUGUCCCAGGCAGCUGCAGACCUCCAGCAGUAUUGUUUGCAGAAUGCAGGAAAAGACGCCCUGCUGGUUGGAGUCCCCACAGGCAGUAACCCCUUCAGAGAGCCUCGGUCCUGCGCUGUGGUUUGAAGAUCAGAGUCUCUGCAUUUAUGUGUCUGAGACAACAACUUAACUUCAAAUAUGGAAUAAAAACCUUUGCAACUUUUUGCAGAGAAUGAAGCUUUGAUAAUUUUCAUUUCUUUCAGAGGAAAACAACUUUUCUGUUUAAUUUUAUUAUGCAAACAAUCUAAAUGCCAGUUUCGAAGUCUUUCUUUCUGUGGUAGUGUGUGAUCUGUGUGUGGUACAGAUGAUAAGUUAUCUGCAGACUGCUCAAAACAGAUGUUUUAGCGUGUUUUCUAAAUGACGCUUUGUAAUCUCAUGGCGCUGGAACUUCCUGAUGUUCAGUCUAAGUUAGGGACGCGGCCAGCGAGAGGAAACCGAGUCUUCCUGUUUCAAACUGCAAGACACUUUUCAGUUUGACAGCUUCUCAGACUUGCUAUUUAUGAACUUAAAUCUCUAGUAACGCUAAUUUAGAAACAAGAUAUGGCUCUGACAUGGAGAUGAUUUUGUGAAUAAACUUUUUGUUUGUGUUUAAA